AUGAUGGUCAAAAAUAAAUUAGAGUAUGAUAAAUUUAAAACUUUUAUCAGACGUUUACUCUCUUUAGUCGGAGCUUGGUCGACAGAAGAGUCAAAUUUAUUUGCACGGUCACUUUUAUAUUUGCACUUGUCUGUGUAUGUCGUACCAGUAAUCGGAGUUUUUAAUUUCGUUGGCGUAAAUAUACUGAAUAUCAAAGUUGUUGCCAAGGGAUUGAGCAUACUCAUGGGCUUUUCGACAAAUAUUCUCAAAGCUGUCUGUAUACUAAUAAACCAAAAAGAUGUGAUCGAAUUACAUAAAUUCCUCGACUCGUACUUCGAUACAAUGGUAAAGAAACCAGAACUAUCAAAAAUAGUUUUAAAAGGAGUCGGAAGUUUCCGACGUCUAACGAUAAUUGGAACGGUGCUGACAACAAUCGUCUGUUUUUGCUACGCAGCCUAUCCGGUUCUUUCUGUUAUUAAUCAAUGGCACCAGCAUACAAAGCCCAUUCAGUACAAACACGUUUUCCCGCUAAUAUACCCCUGGAAUUAUAUGACUAAUAGUUUCAUAUACUAUCUACACAUUUUCAACGAAAAUUUGACAAGUUUUAGUCUCAUUGUGAUUACCUCCGGAAUCGACGGUCUGUUUCUUUAUUACAUUUUUCAUCUGAUCGGAAUGGUGCGUGAAAUAUCAUUUUUGAUAUCUUCGCUCGAUAAAAAUGAUAACAGUGAAGCUGUUAUGAAGCAAUGUAUUUUUAAAUACGAAUUAUUGCUGAAAUGCCGGGAGAAAAUUCAGAAAAUUUUCGGUUUGAUUGUACUAUGGAAUAUGAAAACUAAUUCUCUUACGAUGUGUAUAAAUAUUUUUCAACUUUCCAAUGCCAAGUCGAUACCGUUGAUAUCAGUCAUAUUAUGUCUAGCUCUAACAAGUCUAAAAUUAAUCCAAGCAUUUGUCUUGGGAUGGACAGGUACAUGUUUCACUACUGAGAGUGAAAAACUCCGAGAGGCUAUUUAUGCGGCCGACUGGUUAGGCAAUAAGCAAAUGAUGAAUUCGAUACUGAUAAUGCUCACUCAAAAGCCUUUAGUCAUAAUAGCUUGCAAGUACGCCACUGUUUCAAUAGAAAUGUUUUCGGCUGUCAUAAAUACAACAAUAUCGUACUAUUUAUUACUAAAAACUUUUGACAUCGACUAA